ACAUUGUAUAUAUUUUAUUUAUUUAUUUAUUUUUCGUUCUUAUCCACUCUCUCUCCUCCCCUCUGUCACAAAAGUGCUGGGGUCUGAAUCAUUUCCCAAAAUCAAAUCUACGAUACCUGAAAGCCUGAGGGUUUGUGAAACGCGAUCAAUAAACGGCGUUGUUGGCGUUGUUGGCUUCUUUGGCCGGAGGGCUUGCUGCAGUUGGUAAACUUUUAGGUGCUAUCUAUCCCAAGAUGAAGAGUAGGAUCAGAUUCCGAUCCAACCUCCAAAAACUCAACAAGGAAAUGGGAAAGCUAACAAAUCUUGGAAACGCCGUGAAAGAACAGAUCGAGGAAGCUGAGAAGAGAAGGGGCCAGGUAGCUGCUGCACCAGCAGUGAAGAUGUGGCUUGAAGAUCUUGAAGCCAUCAACAAGGAAGUGAGUUCAAUAGAAGCACAGGUAGAAGGCAACGGCCAAAAUGAACAAGGUAAACUUUGUCCAACAACUCCAAGUUGCUGCUGCCUUGGCUAUACACUGGGUGAAAAAGUAUACACGAGCCUUACCGAGGUUAGAAGACUCAUUGAAGCCGUCAAGCUUUUUCCUAAUAGCCUGGUGGUUGAAAAUCGCAAAGUGAACAUAGUUGAGCACAUCCCGGGGCCUUCAAUCGUUGGCCAAUCGACUGUUAGUUAAUGUCUCAAUGGGACCGCAUAAUUAAAUGUGGUGUUAUCAUUUAUAAGAAGCCUACAAUUUAAGUGAUUCAAUUUAGUUAAUAGGCUUAAGGGUAUAUGUGU